AAAAAAAAAGGAGAAUGCGCCUGUCAUCUCUGCAACGCAUGGCCACCGGCUUAGCAGCAGCACCAGCAGCACACGCACCAGCACAACCAUCGCGGGGUUACAGUCAGAAUGUCGUCGGAAGACGGCCUUCUCUGGCUGUAGUAGCCGCCAAACUUGUAUUGCUCUGUGCGAUCGGCACAGGACUUGUUGGUGGUCCCAUCGGUGUCAAUGGCGAGUCCUUGAUCACCGCGACAAGCGCAGCAUCGGCGGCCGUAGCGUCCGCAGCCCCGUUGGAUAUCGCAACUCCGAUGAGUACCACUACCGCCGAUAACCACAAGCAUGGGUCCUCCUCCGGCUCCGGCUCCGUUCCCGCCUCUAUUUCUGGGUCCGAUAUCAUCACAUCCGUCGCCAAGCCGGCUGCCGAGCCCACCACCGUCUCUAUCUGGGUUCCUGGGUAUAUGAAGGAAGAUUGGGAGCAGUUGAGGGGCAGCAUCGUCAGCCGUGACGAAUCCAUGACCGCCUACACCAUUUUUUGCGCCGAAGGACAGCCAAGUUGUUUCCUGUCCGCCGAUGCACCCUUUGUAUUUACAGAAGGCCCCAGGUCCUUCAAGUAUACAGGGGUAGCAGAGCCAACCUUCACACAAGAGAUACAUUGCAGCUUCAAUGUCACCUCCGCCGCCGUUUGCGCCGGCACCUCCACAGUUGGUUCGCACUACGUCAUAGGCACCGUCACUGGCCCCGCGACGUCGAGUUGGACAAAGACUUACAGCAGCUCCAACAUCACCUGGGUGGCCUUGACGCUGGCCACGCCCGGCCCCCAUGUUGGCACUACGGACAUUGACGGCACGGUGGUGGCGUCGGCGACAAGCGGAGAUCCUUACGGCGGUUUGGGAAGCGAAGGACUAUUUGCUCCGACGGGUAUCCCCAAGAGCAGCGCUGCUAAGGGCUGGACGGUGGAGAUGAUGGGUCGUUUGGGGGUUGCUGUGGCGGGCCUGGUUGGAGGGAUGUUGAUGCUUUAAAAUAUUUGCAGCAGAUCAAACGCAUUGAGGGUCGGGUUUUCAUUUUCUUGUCUUUGCACUUUUUUUGUGGCAUUGGUGCUGGCGUUGGGACGGGGACUGAUUGAAGGAUAUACCGCUUCGUUUCUUCAAAUUUUGAGCUCUUCCUGUUGGAAUAUGACAUUGCAGCGUUGGCAUGGCAUGGAAUUUGUGGGGGACAGGAGGAGGUGAGCUCAAGCAUCUGCUGGCCGAGCCCAGGACGCUAUCUAUGAUUUGGAAGUAGAGAAGAAUGUAUCAGGCAUCGAAUAGAAGAUGUUUGUCGGUUGCUGUA